ACUACUUCUACUUCUUUGUGUUCCAUCAAAAUUGUAUCAAAACUGUUGCGUCUAUCCAUCAUUUAGUGCGUGUUCUACAGCGACGGCAACAUUCAGCGCUUCUUGUUUAUCCUCCACGUUCAAGUCAUCGCCGCCGGUUGACGGGCAGCACUGCGCUCGCCUGGUGGUUUUCGGUCGAACGCCCCGUGUCCGUUGGCUGCCUGCCCGCGCCUGACAUCAGUCUUUCAUGCGGAGGGACCAUGGCGGCCGAUCAGGAGCAAUUUCAUCUUCUUCUGACCACGCUGUUAUCUACGGAUAAUUCGAUUCGAACGCAAGCAGAGGAAACCUACUCGAAUAUCCCAGUUGAGUCGAAAGUCAGUCACCUGCUGACGGCGAUACACAAUGUCUCGCUCAGCGAUGAAGCGCGCCAGAUGUCCGCCGUUCUACUGCGACGACUGCUGUCCAGCGAGUUCAGCGACUUUUAUCCGAACCUCUCGCCCGAGCAGCAGGCGUCCCUCAAGGAACAGAUUCUAAUCGGCAUCCAACUCGAACAGAGCAAUCAGUUGCGUCACAAGGUUUGCGACGUCGCCGCUGAGGUUGCCAGGAAUCUCAUUGACGAUGAAGGCAACAACCAAUGGCCCGAAUUUUUACAAUUUUUAUUUCAAUGUGCAAACUCACAAAAUGCAGUCCUUAAGGAAGCCGCCUUGCAGAUGUUUACCACCGUGCCGGGCGUCUUCGGAAACCAACAGAAUAACUUCCUUGACUUAAUUAAGCAAAUGUUGCAGCAGUCUCUGCUUCCAACCGAACCAUACGAAGUGCGUUUUCAGGCUGUUCGUGCCAUCGGCGCGUUUGUGCUGAUUCACGAUAAGGAAACGCAAGUGCUUAGACAUUUCGCUGAUCUUUUACCUGGCAUGCUCGAGGUGAUUGGGAUCAGUGUUCAGAUGCUCGAUGAUGACACACUGCUCAAGGUGCUGAUUGAUAUGGCAGAGAAUACACCCAAGUUCCUUCGUCCGCAACUCGUAUACAUUUUCGAAAUGUGUACUAAACUAUUUGCGGAGCCCAAUAUGAUGGACUCGUGGAGACAACUAGCUUUGGAGACAAUGGUUACUCUUGCGGAAAUGGCCCCAGCAAUGGUACGUAAGAACGCCGGGAAAUAUUUCGAUCAGUUGAUCCCCUUGAUUCUGCAAAUGAUGGCCGAUUUGGACGAAGAAGAAAAUUGGGCCGAAUCAGACGAGUUACUCGACGAAGACAACGACUGCAACAAUGUGGUUGCAGAAGCAGCAUUGGAUCGCUUGGCAUGUGGACUUGGUGGUAAAACUAUUCUACCAUUGGUAACGCAAAACAUUCCCAUGAUGCUCGCUAGUCCAGAAUGGACAAAACGCCAUGCCGCGCUAAUGGCCCUCAGUGCCAUUGGCGAAGGCUGCAACAAACAAAUGGAAGGCAUGCUUAACCAGAUCAUGGAAGGCGUACCCGGUGUGAUGGAAGGUGUACUCAGAUAUCUUGAAGAUCCACAUCCUCGUGUGCGUUACGCUGCUUGCAAUGCAAUUGGGCAAAUGUCCACUGAUUUCUCGCCUGUUUUCGAGAAGAAGUUUCAUGACAAAGUUAUCCCUGCGCUGUUGAUGCUCUUGGACGACAAUGCUAAUCCACGUGUCCAGGCACAUGCCGGCGCUGCACUUGUGAACUUCUCCGAAGAUUGUCCUAAACAUAUCCUUACAGGUUAUCUGGGUGGUAUGAUGGCGAAACUUGAAGGUAUCCUUACAGCCAAGUUCCAGGAACUUGUCGAGCACGGUACUAAACUUGUUCUCGAACAAGUUGUAACCACAAUUGCUAGUGUAGCUGACACGGCCGAGAAGGAAUUCAUCGCAUACUAUGACAGAUUGAUGCCAUGCUUGAAAUACAUCAUUCAACAUGCGAAUAAGGACGAAUUGAAACUCCUGAGAGGUAAAACUAUUGAGUGUGUAUCACUCAUUGGUUUAGCCGUAGGCUCACAGAAAUUCAUGAGUGAUGCUAGUGAAGUGAUGGAUUUGUUGUUAAAAACACACGGUGAGGGUAAUGAACUACCCGAUGAUGAUCCGCAGACAAGUUAUUUGAUUUCGGCAUGGUCGAGAAUUUGCAAAGUGCUUGGAAAGCAAUUCCAACAAUAUCUUCCUUUGGUAAUGGGUCCUGUCCUGCGUACGGCUUCGCUAAAACCGGAAGUUGCUCUAUUGGAUAAUGAAGAACUGCAAGGUAUUGAAGGUGAAAUUGAUUGGCAAUUUGUUUCACUCGGCGAGCAGCAAAAUUUCGGUAUUCGAACAGCCGGGUUGGAAGAUAAGGCAGCGGCAUGUAUGAUGUUGGUUUGUUAUGCGAGAGAGUUGAAGGAAGGCUUUGCCGAUUACUCGGAGCAAGUUGUCAAGCUAAUGGUACCGAUGUUGAAGUUCUAUUUCCACGAUGGCGUUAGGUCUGCGGCUGCCGAAUCGUUGCCGUAUUUGUUACAGUGCGCUGCUUGUAAGGGACAACCUUUCCUGGAGGGAAUGUGGAGGUAUAUUGCGCCUGAAUUAUUGAAGGCAAUGGACACAGAACCAGAAAAUGAUGUCUUGUAUGAGAAUUUGUCUUCGCUGGCCGGGUGUAUCGAGACGCUUGGAUCCGGUUGUUUGGACGAGGCGAUGAUGACUGAAAUGUUGCGGAUUCUAGACAAACUGCUCAAGGAGCACUUUGACCGCAGUCAAGAUCGCGAGAAGAAACAUCUCGAUGAAGAUUAUGAUGAUAUUGUUGCUGAGCAGUUGGAAGAUGAAGAAACUGAUGAUACCUACGUGCUAAGUAAAAUUGUCGAUGUGUUGCAUGCACUGUUCACAACCUAUGGAGUAAACUUCAUCCCGUACUUCGACCAGCUCUGCCAGCACUUUGUGAACCUGCUGGCACCGCAGCGCGCCUGGGCCGACCAUCAAUGGGGCAUUUGCGUGUUUGACGACCUGAUCGAAUAUGCGAGUGGCGCGUGUCACAAGUAUCGUGACUUUUUCCUAGAGCCUUUUGCUAUCUACUUGAAGGAUAAGCAACCGGAAGUACGGCAGGCGGCCGCUUAUGGCUGGGGAAUUCUGGCACAACAUGGUGGUGUGCAGUUUGCUGGCGACUUAGCCAAAAUCCUGCCCCAUCUUGUGGAGGUAAUAUCCGAUCCGCAAGCGAAAGAGUUGCGCAAUAUCAAUCCGACGGAGAAUUGCAUUUCGGCAGUGACGAAAAUUCUGAAGUACAAUGCGUCAGCUAUUAAUACGAAUGAAGUGAUCCCGAUGUGGUUCACAUGGCUACCGGUGAUUGAAGAUUCAGAUGAGGCACCCUACGUCUAUGGAUAUCUAUGUGAAUUGAUUGAAAGUAAUAAUCCACUUGUAUUAGGCCCAGAUAAUGCAAAUAUACCAACAAUUGUAUCGAUAUUUGGUGAAGCUUUCUACCAAGAGGUGCUGGAUCCAUCGAAAGAGGCCGGCGCGCGUGCGCUUAACAUUAUCAGACAGAUUCAGAGCAACGCGCCAUUGUUCCAAGGCAUUAUCGGUGCAUUACGACCCGAACAGCAGCAGGCGUUGAUGACGGCGUUGCACACGCCGCCGACACCUACCGUCUAACUCUUUAAUUACUAUAAUUUUUCUGCUACACAAUAAACCAUCCCAUCAAAUUGUACAUUACCCCCCAAAAAGAGGAAGCACACAACAAUGCUAAUCAGUGAGGGUAUUUUACUUGACAAAAUUUGACGCGAAUGAAGCAGAAAGUGUUGAUACGUUAUACAUAAUACGAUUACGAAAGUUGAUCUUUCGUUAUUUAGUUUUUUUUCGGCCUCGAAACGUUUUUAUAUUUGCGUAUGUUAUUGAAAAUUUAUUACGAGUAUAUUUUCGUACGGCUCUAGCAAAACUAAGGAUUUCAAAUUAUUAAGAUAAGGGGAUUUCUUAAAUUUGUAAAAUCAAAAACUUUACGUAUUGAUUGUGUUUGUGUUUGUACGCUGUUGUUUUUUACUAAAGGGGUUCGAAAUUUAAAGCAGAUUACCAAGUUGUAGCGAUAAAAGCGCAUGAAUCACAUUAGCGACACUCGUACGCACGUUUUCGAGUGGCCGAGCGUGAAGCAACUCUGUAUGUGAUAAUUCCUCUUAUACUACGAUUAUACAAUACACUUAUUUCUUUAUAAAACUGAGAAAAUAGCGAUAGUAGCAAACAGGAAAUCGCUGAAGAGUGGUCGCAAAACGAAUUCCAACAAGUUAUAAUUGUUUAAACGUGAAAUAAAUUAUUCGAAAACGGCUUGACAUUCACAGUUAUCGCAAAGUAAA